UUUGUAAACUUUCUUAGUGAAGAGAAAAGAGGGACAGUAUCAUGGCGGCUUCAAUGAGAAUAUCAAGACUCAUACACCGCUCCUUCUCUUCUGCCUCCUUUUCUAGAGGUGGGAAUGGUUACCUGGGUGCAGGACUGUGUAAAUACAGCACUGCUACUGCCAUCGAAGAACCCAUUAAACCGGCAGUACAAGUAGAACACACCCAACUCUUGAUUGAUGGAAAAUUCGUAGAUGCUGCUUCUGGUAAAACUUUUCCAACGUUGGAUCCAAGGACAGGGGAAGUUAUUGCUCAUGUUGCUGAGGGUCACUCUGAAGAUAUUGAUCGAGCAGUUGCAGCUGCACGCAAAGCAUUUGAUCAAGGACCAUGGCCUAAGAUGACAGCCUAUGAAAGGCAAAAGAUCUUGUUGCGUGCUGCUGAUCUGCUUGAAAAGCAUAAUGAUGAGAUUGCAGCACUUGAGACUUGGGAUAAUGGAAAGCCUUAUGAGCAAUCUGCUCAGAUUGAAAUUCCAAUGCUGGUUCGCCUAAUUCGAUACUAUGCUGGAUGGGCAGAUAAGAUUCAUGGUCUCACAGUUCCAGCUGAUGGACCAUAUCAUGUGCAAACAUUGCACGAACCGAUUGGUGUUGCGGGUCAGAUCAUUCCUUGGAACUUCCCUCUUCUCAUGUUUGCUUGGAAGGUUGGACCUGCAUUGGCCUGUGGCAAUACCAUUGUUCUCAAAACUGCUGAGCAGACACCAUUGUCUGCUUUAUAUGCAUCAAAACUAUUUCACGAGGCUGGACUUCCUCCUGGUGUUUUAAACAUAGUAUCAGGGUUUGGUCCUAGUGCUGGUGCUGCUCUUGCUAGUCACAUGGAUGUUGAUAAGCUUGCUUUUACUGGUUCAACUGAUACUGGAAAGAUAGUCCUUGAACUGGCGGCUAGAAGCAAUUUGAAGCCUGUAACUUUGGAACUUGGUGGAAAAUCCCCCUUUAUAGUGUGUGAAGAUGCUGAUGUAGAUCAAGCUGUAGAGCUAGCUCAUUUUGCUUUGUUCUUCAAUCAGGGACAAUGUUGCUGUGCUGGGUCCAGAACAUUUGUGCAUGAACGUGUAUACGAUGAGUUUGUUGAGAAAGCGAAAGCUCGUGCUUUGAAACGUGUUGUUGGUGAUCCAUUCAAGAGUGGAAUAGAGCAAGGUCCUCAGAUUGAUUCAGAGCAAUUUCAGAAAAUACUGAAGUAUAUUAGAUCUGGUGUUGAAAGUGGGGCUACCCUUGAAACUGGAGGAGAUAGGCUUGGCCAAAAGGGCUUCUACAUUCAACCCACUGUCUUCUCAAAUGUCCAGGAUGGGAUGGUGAUUGCAAAGGAUGAGAUCUUUGGUCCAGUUCAAUCCAUAUUAAAAUUCAAGGACCUUGGUGAGGUAGUUCAAAGAGCAAAUAAAACACGUUAUGGGCUUGCAGCAGGCGUGUUCACAAAGAACAUAGACACUGCGAAUUCUUUGACACGAGCACUGAGAGCUGGAACAGUAUGGAUAAAUUGCUUUGACACGUUUGAUGCUGCAAUUCCUUUUGGUGGGUACAAAAUGAGUGGGCAAGGCAGAGAAAAAGGAGAGUACAGUCUUAAGAACUACUUGCAAGUUAAGGCUGUUGUUGCUCCUUUGAAGAACCCAGCAUGGCUUUGAGCACCGCUACAUUCUCUUGGUUCAAUAAGUUAAAUAGGACUUCGAUGAUAAUGAUGAUAAAAUCUUGUUUUUGUUACCUGGAUCGUGACAUCGUUAAUAUUUUUGUUUUUGGAUGUUUGAAUAAUAUUUCUUGCUUUAAUGAAAAAUUCUUCAUCUUCAUCCU